AGAUCCAGGAAAAACAAAAGAAGCCUCUGUGUCAAGUAAUAUUCAUUGAUGACAAUGAUAAAACAUUGAGUAAAGAAGAACAGAAAAUUUUAGAAAGACCAUUAAAUCUGGGUGUAGCUCCAGGGUUUUCAGGAAAAAUGCCCUGUCAAUGUGACUUGUGUAGAAGGAAUUUGCCAGUUGCUUGUGAGUUAAUUAUAAGUGAAAGAAACUAUUCAAGAAAGAAGGUUGAUUACAUGAAUGUGUCUGAGAAAUUGCAGCUUGAUUUCAAGCAUAAGAAAACUCAGCCUGGAGAGAAAUCUUAUGAAUAUAAUAAAAAUGUGAAAGUUCACAGUUAUAAGAAAGAUAAGUAUCAGAAAUUUCAAACUUUGGGGCAGUCUUUUGAAUGUAAUGAAUUUGGAAAUGUUUUAUAUGAUAAGACUGUCUAUAUUAGGGCAGAGAAUUUUGUAACAAGAGAGAAGUCCUGUAAGGAUGAUGAAUUUAGGAUAAACUGUGAUAAAACCUUUUUACUUAACUACAUGAGAACUAACACAAGGGAAAAAUGUUCUGGUCUUAAUCAAUGUGGGAAAUCCUGUGACAGAGCCACCAUUGUGGAGUACAAUAAAGUUCACAUGGCUAUGACACACCAUAAAUUUAAUGAAAGUGGGAUUCAUUUCAGUAAAAAGUUAUCCUUCAUUCAGUCUCAGAGAACUGUUAUAGAACAGAGUGCAUUGGAAAGCAGUAAAUGUGAAGAAAACUUUAGCCAGAGCUCAGCUCAUAUAGUAUGUCAGAAAACACAAACAGGAAGAGAUAAAUUCUGUGAAUAUAAUGGAUGCAAAAAUACCUUCAACCAGAAAUUAGACCUUACAAUACAUCAGAGAACCCACACAGAAGAGAAAUUCUGCUGUUCUGCUGAAUAUGGGAGAUGCAGGAAAUACUUUCACCAGAAAGCACACCUCAUUUGGUAUCAGAGGACCCACUCAGGGGAGAAACUUCAAUAUGAAGAAUGUGAGAAAUCCUUUUGUACAAGUUCACACUCUAUUCAGCAUUCUGGAGCUUAUGUGGGAUUCAGACUUUAUGAAUGUAAUGAUUAUGGGAAAACUUUCUGUCAGAAGUCAAACCUUAGUGAACAUGUGAGAAUUCACACAAAGGACAAAACUUAUGGUAACAAUGACUGUGGGAAAUCUUACAGGUUACCCCUUGUAGGACAUCAGAGAACAGAAACAAAGAUGAAUCUCUGUGAAGGCAGUGAAUGUGGGAAAACAUUCUUCAAGAUGGCAUGUCUCAAAGAACAUUGGAGAAUUCACACUGAGGAGAAACCUUAUCACAUCUCAUCACAUCUCAGAGCACAUCAGAGAAUUCACACAGGUGACAAACCCUAUGAAUGUAUUGAAUGUGAGAAAACUUUCUCUCACAAUACACACCUCAAUACACAUCAGAGAAUCCACACAGGAGAGAAAUCCUAUGAAUGUGUUGAAUGUGGAAAAUCUUUUACCUGUAAUUCAGCCCUAAAAGCACAUCAGAGAAUUCACACAGGUAAGAAACUCUAUGAAUGUACUGAUGAGAAAACUUUUGCCCAUAUUUCAGCCCUCAGAGCACAUCAGAGAAUUCACACGGGGGAUAAACCUUAUGAAUGUAAAGAAUGUGGAAAGUCUUUUGCCUAUAUUUCUGUUCUCAGAGCACAUGAAAGAAUUUAUACAAGUGAGAAACCCUAUGUCUGUAAUGAAUGUGGGCAAUCUUUUACCUACAAUUCAGCUCUAAGAGCACAGAGAAUUCACACAGGUAGGAAGCCCUAUGAAUGUAGUGAUUGUGAGAAAACUUUUACCCAUAAUUCAGCCCUCAGAGUACAUCAGAGGAUUCACACAGGGGAGAAACCUUAUCAGUGUAAUGAGUGUGAGAAAACUUUUGCCCGUAAUUCAGUGCUUAUAUCACAUCAGAAAAUUCACACAGGGGAAAAACUCUAUGAAUGUAAUGAAUGUGGGAAAACUUUUUCUCAAAAGACACACCUCAGUAAACAUCAUAGAAUUCAUACAGGUGAAAAACCCUAUGAAUGUGGUGAAUGUGGGAAAACUUUCUCUCAGAAAUCAUAUCUCAGUGCACAUGAAAGAAUUCACACAAUGCAAAAACCCUGUGAAUGUAGCUUAUGCAGGAAUACUUUUGUCUAUAAGGCUGCCCUGGUAGUGCAUCAAAGAAUUCACACAGGGGAGGAACCCUAUGAAUGUAACAAAUGUGGGAAGACUGCCAAAAACACACCUCUUGCACGUCAGAGAGUUCACAGAGGGGAGAAACUCUGUAAAUGUAAUAUAUGUGGGAAACCAUUUGUCCUUAACUCAUCCCUUCGAGUGCAUCAGAGAAUUCACACAGGUGUGAAAUCCUAUGAAUGCGGGAAAACUUUCUCCCACAAGUCACACCUUAGUGCACACCAGAGGACUCACACAGGGGAGAAACCCUAUGAAUGUAAAGAAUGUGGGAAAACUUUCUCCCAGAAGUCAAACCUUAGGGCACACCAGAGGAUUCACACAGGGGAGAAAUCUUAUGAAUGUAAUGAGUGUGGGAAAACUUUCUCCCAGAAGUCACAACUUAGUGUACACCAGAGGACUCACACAGGGGAGAAACCCUAUGAAUGUAAUGAAUGUGGGAAAACUUUCUCUAAGAAGUCACAUAGUGCAUCAGAGAAUUCACACGGUGUGAAAUCCUAUGGAUGUAAUGGAUGUGGGAAAACUUUCUCCCAGAAGUCACACCUUAAUGCACACCAGAGAACUCACACAGGGGAGAAACCCUAUCAAUUGCAUCAGAGAAUUCACACAGGUGUGAAAUCCUAUGGGUGUAAUGAAUGUGGGAAAACUUUCUCCCGGAAGUCACACCUUAUGGCACACCAGAGGACUCACACAGGGGAGAAAGCUUAUGAAUGUAAUGAAUGUGGGGAAAGGGUCUCCCAAGUGCAUCAGGGAAUUCACACAGGUGCGAAAUCAUAUGGAUAUAAUGAAUGUGGGAAAACUUUCUCCCAGAAGUCACAGCUUAGUGCACACCACAAGACUCACACAGGGCAGAAACCAUAUGAAUGUAAUAUAUGUGGGGAACCAUUUGCUCUUAAUUCAUCCCUUAGAGUGCAUCAGGGAAUUCACACAGGUGUGAAAUCCUAUGGAUGUAAUGAAUGUGGGAAAACUUUCUCCCAGAAGUCACAGCUUAGUGCACACCACAAGACUCACACAGGGCAGAAACCAUAUGAAUGUAAUGAAUGUGGGAAAACUUUCUUCCAGAAGUCACACCUUAAUGCAUGCCAGAAGACUCACACAGGGAGAAACCCUAUGAAUGUAAUGAAUGUGGGAAAACUUUCUCUGGGAAGUCAUGUUAGUGCACAUCAGAGAGUUCACACAGGGGAUAAAUCCUAUGAAUGUAAUAUAUGUGGGAAACCAUUUGCCCUUAACUCAUCCCUUAGAGUGCAUCAGAGAAUUCACACAGGUGUGAAAUCCUAUGGAUGUAAUGAAUGUGAGAAAACUUUCUCUCAGAAGUCACACCUUAGUGCACACCAGAGGACUCACACAGGGGAGAAACCCUAUGAGUGUAAUGAAUGUGGGAAAGGUUUUGCCCACUUUUCAACUCUUAGAGUACAACAGAGAAUUCACACAGGGGAGAAACCCUAUGAAUGUGGUGAAUGUGGGAACAUUUUUGUUCGUGAGGCAGCUUUUAGAGUACAUCACAUCAGAAUGCAUACCAGAGAGAAAACCCUAACACAUCAUGAAUUUGAGAAGUCCUGA